CAAUAAUCACCAACAAUUUAAUGAGAGCUUAGUAACGUUCCAUCGAUAACGUAGUCGAUAAUUUUGUCGAUAAUAUUGUUUACUCUGACCCCAACGCGACCCUGUCGAUAAAACAUCUCGGAAUUGGUCUCAUUCUACGUUUGGUGUGCGAAACGGCACGAUGCUCCGAGUGGUAUAAAAAUGUAUUUGUGUGUGUUAAUAUUGUGUGUGUGUGUCGGUGCGGUUCGCGCUUCAAAUUCGCUAAAAGACCCAUACAUUUGUGGACCACCGACAUGUUCGCCGUCGCACAAGUUUAAAUAUUCUACAGAUAUAAUCUACCACUAUGAGUACAAAGUCAACGUUGAGACGUAUUUUGCUGGCUCCAGCAAUAAUCGCUCUACAAUGGAUGUUAGGACUGAAGCUGUGGUACAAUUCAUAACGCCUUGCGAAGGUCUACUGCAGCUGACCGAUGUCUCUCUAGUCGACCAGAGUGAAAACUACCCAGUGGAGCGGGCAGAGAAGUUUGUUAAUGCUGUCUCCUUGCACGAUCUCAGAUUCGCUUUCCACGAUGGAGUCAUAUCAGAGAUAUGUCCCAGCGAGGAGGAAGAGGACUGGGUGCUCAACUUCAAGAGGGCCAUACUGGCACUCUUCCAGAAUACUAUGGAGAGGUUCGAUGUCAACUAUAAAGGGAUUGAGCAAGACAUCCACGGCAGAUGUACCGUGGACUACGCAGUGCGUGGGCAGGAGAAUACCAGCCUGAUCCUCGUCAAGAAGCGGGACUUGUCGCUAUGCACAAAUAGAUAUAAGUACAUGUCUAUAUUGCAGACUGUGAGAUAUGAUUUCCAGAGUAAAUUCCAAACAUGGCCAGUAUUAAAAUCGGAGAGCAAAUGCCGUAUCACAGUAGACCACAAUGUGUACAAAGCAGUGAACUGCAGAGAGCGCCAUCUGUUCGAGCCAUUCUCGGGCAAGAACUCUGGUGCCAUGUCCACCGUGAUACAGGACCUGGUCAUGAUAAAGGAGGUCAAUAGGACUGACUCGCAAAUUAUUGAGUUUGAGCCUAAAGCUUGGUCUGUGAUAAACAAACGGUCAAAUCUUCUCCAUCACCACACCACUUACAUUGGAGAUGACACAGGGGGCCUGAAGAGUGCAAGAGAUGUGCUCAAACUGUUGUGCAUGGUGAAAGAAGGCCCCGGAUCAUCAUCGCGGUUGGACAGCGGUUCCACCGUGGGUCUCUGGGGCCGACUAGUGCGAGCGGCUCGCCCGCUGCACUACCCUGCGCUGUCACAGUUACUCGCCCGAGCGCCGUCUAUCUGCGCGGAAGCUACGAAGCAUAUCCACGAUGCUCUGCCUUACAUCGCCAGCACUGGCUCCGUGGAGCUCAUCAAGGACAUGAUAAUAAAGGGUGCGGUCGACAAGGAGACGCGGCACGAGUGGCUCAUGUCCAUGGCUAUGAUACCUAGGCCGAAGCUAGAAAUGUUGGACAGCAUGUUGGAACUACUGAAGAGCCAGAAAUCAGACAAGACGGUCACUUUCACCGUAUCGUCUAUGGUGCAUUCGUACUGUAGGCACAGCGGGAAGUCUUUACGCGAGUGUUGCGAAGAAGAAACGCCCGGAAAAAUACUCGAAGAAUUCCAAAACAUUGUAACUGAAAUACUGACCAAGGCACUGAUCAAGACUAGGAAGGACAGAGAUACUAUCGUGCUAGCUCUAAAAGCUCUCGGCAACAUCGGUGGUUUCAAGCAGGAGUUUGCUGACGUCCUGAUGAACAUCAUAGGCGACUCGUACACGCCCGUGCCGAUCCGACUGACGGCCAUCGACGCGUUUAGGAGGACGCCAUGUGUCGAGACUCGGGAAUACUUUCUAGAGACAUACAGGGAAGACUUCGUGGACAUCGAGGUGCGUUUGGCGUCUUACCUGCAGGUGAUGCGGUGUCCAGACCUUGGCACUGUGAGGAAGAUAUUCCACGCGCUGAGACACGAACAGGUUAAUCAAGCCGCCACGUUUGUCUGGAGCCAUCUGAAGAACCUAGGAGAGUCGUCGUUGCCAUCCCGGGUUGAGAUCCAGGGUUUGCUCACCGGAAACACGAUGCCCGAGCUGCAGGACAUUCCGGACUUCAGGAUGUUCUCCAGGAACUACGAGCAGAGCGUGUUCUUCGACCAGUAUAAUGCAGGCGGCAACUACGAAGCAAACGUGAUAUUCUCUCCAGAUUCGUACAUACCGCGCUCUUUGUCUCUCAACUUGACUGUUGAUAUGUUUGGCGAGUCUAUCAAUGUAUUUGAGAUGAAAGCCCGCGCCGAGGGAUUCGAGAAAUACUUCGAGAACUAUUUCUUCAACAACGGGCCCCUGAGCAAGAACAAGAUAAUGGAGAAGAUCAACCACUUGCGCACGCUCAGGUCCUUGAACAGCACGCAGCAGGCGCGGGACAGGAUCGACGGGCUGGGAUACGAGAAUGAGGCUUUGAAACACAGGUUUCCAAUGGCGGAACUCGGCAUCAAAGUGUUCGGUAACGAAAUAUCGUACUGGAACGCGGAAGGCGACGAUGAGAUACUAAAGUCUGUUGCCAAGUUGAACCCUAAGUUGAGGUUUUUGGAGUUUCUCUCUGGGAAGGAAAUCUCGUACAACAAAGCAUCCCUGUUCCUGGACACGACGUUCUCAGUGCCCACGGGCUGUGGCCUGCCGUUGAACAUGAACCUCAUGGGCACCAGCUACGUGAACACCAAGAUGUCCGGCACCGUCACGGACAAGUACUCCCAGUCUGGGAAUAUUAACUUUGAAGGCAAAUUGAGUCCUAGCGUGGCGGUGAGCAUAGCGGCGACGAUGAGCGUGUCGGCGGGCGGGCUGAGCGUGAGCGGCGCGCGGCUGUGGUGGCGCCUCUACACCGCCACCGCCGUGGAGGCGCGCCUCGCCGUGCGCGGGCUCGCGCGCCUGCGCCUGCACCUCGCGCUGCCCAGCGACAAGCAGGAGAUAUUCGCCGCCAAAUCGGAGCUGAUAAUCCUCCAUGGAGACGAGGAGUUGCAGCAGCAAGGGCUGAACAAGAACAGAAUAGAGCGCAACACCUGCAGUUGGACCACGUUCGACAAAGCCAUUGGCAUCAAAGUGUGCGCCUCGUAUCAGUUCCCGAACAUGACGAACUUGCGCAACGCCCCCUACUUCAUCAUGAGCGGUCCCGCUAAGUACAUCCUGUCGUUGGAGAAAGCCGACCCUUCUGCGAAGACGUACGCGUUCGAGUACAAGUGGGACAGGAAUGAGACCAGUAAUGUCAUUGGAUUCUCUUUCGACACGCCGGAUAGUAAGGAGAAACGAAUGUUCAACGCCAUACUAAGUCUAUCAAACACGUCAAGCACAGCAGUUGUUUCCUUCCAAUCGGCAAAAAGCACCCUGAAAGCAAAGGCGAUGUAUAAAAACCAACCGAACGACAAGUCACUAGAGGCGAGUUUAGACGUCGACGGAAGGAAGCAGUUCGACACGGUGAUGGCGCUCAAGCGAUACGACAUAAAGUACGGGUACGUGUGGAGUCCGCACGCGUACUGGGUCGUCGAUAACGAUCGCGUCGCUGAGCUGUCUGGCAUAUUCAAAUUCAAAUCUAAAGGCGGUGUCUCACAAUGCGACGUGCAAGCCGAUUUCCAAACGAAGCAACUAGCAAGUCAUCUCUCAGGAUUUUACACUCUAAACGGUCCUACACACGGUACAAAAUUGCAACUCGACUAUCAGUUCUAUAAGAAUCCGAGGCAGACGAUAAAAAUGGAAGGUCUUUUUAGCGAGAAAUCAAUGGGGUAUAGACAUGACAUGUACGGCGAGUUAGCUAUGCAGUUUACUGCUUACCCCGAUUACAACUUCUAUAGCGUGUUGAAGAAUAUUAAAACCCAAAGCCAUGUAGACAUAGGUUUCAACGUAUCUGCGUCGAGAGAGAAGAAGACUGACCCCGCCUUCGUGUUUAGUAUGAUGCGUGUGGAGAAACUGAACGGAUUAAAACUGGACACCAGGCUUACGCUGCAACGGCCCAGACUGGUGGACCUCAAGUUCCAGUACGAGGGAAUGGGACCAAAAUACACAGCGUUGGCACGGUUGAACUUCAAUCCGAAAUCUCGCGAGAUCGUCAUCUCUGGGUACCUUUUCAAUCCUCCGGGAACGCAAUUGUACGUAGACGCCGAGUUGAACAUGACGCUACCGACACUACAUCCAUGUACUAUUAAGACAAAAGUACACGAAAAACGACCUAACGAAUUUCAGGUGAACGCAGUAGGCGUCUGGUUCACAGGAACAGAUUUUAACAUAGACGCACUUUACCAAGACCAGUCUAAGACGAACAUCGCCUCACACCGCCUUAAGGCACUGAUAAACAGCAGUCAUUUCAAAAACAUAGCGAUGGACGCGCGAUUCACGCAAGAUAACAGACAGAUCACGUUCAUCGGCCAGGGCGAAUACAACGAUGAAAAAUACAGAACGCUAGUGCGGUACAUACUACUCUCAGAGCAGAACUUCACGGCGUACGCCGAAGUGGAUUUGGGUGGGAAGGCGUAUAGCUUCAACCUAGAGGCUGAUCUCAAUAACAACACCAAUGUUAAUAUGGACAUACAUAUCGAUGAACUCCGCGAUGUCCACAUAUCCUACCAGCGCUGGACCACCAAGAACCAGAAGCGUCUCGCAGCCGCGUUCAACUGGGACGCAAACCGCGACCCCUCGCAGAAGGUGAGCGUCGAUGUACAACUGGACUACAAGGGCCCCUGGCACCACGCGGGCCACGUCACACUCUACUACCCUGGCAGGGUGGUCAACGGCGAGUUCGAGUUGUUGCUUAAAGACUGGUUCUGCCAAUGGCACAUACGAAUGGGCUGGGCUCACGACGCGACCAUACUGUGGCGAGUCAAGAUGUAUUCGGAGGCUAAGAACGAGACGGUAUACGCGCUGCUGUCUAACAUGAACACGCCUUUUAAUGGAUGGAAGGACACCAGCUUUAAUGUUAUGUGGCGAUACCAUGACAACUUACAAGCACUGAACGGCAGUAUGAACUGGCAAGAAGACUACCUCGCAUUCAGCCUACUCGCCGACUACCUGUUCAAGACGAACGAGUUCUACGGCGAAAUCAACGCGCUAGUCAACUCGACCAUACCGACGCUGCCCAAGGCCGCGGCCAUCGCCAAACACAGGGUCAUAUGGAAGAAGAGUGCUGACACGCUUCUCAGCUUUCAAUACAACGAAGACGGCAAGCUGAUGAUCAACUCGUCGUGGAGCAUCGAUAGGGGACAGAAGGAGAACAACAUCACGGGGAGAGUUACACUGUUGACUCCAUUCCAGGGCUACAGGAAAGGCUACCUCCGGACCAUAUUCGUCCUAGGCCACAAGCGGGACAUCAACGGCAUCACGUACCUGGAUCUAGAGGACAAGAUCCUCAAGAUCUACGUGAACGGGCACAUGCGCAGGAUCACGAACAGCAUGCUGGUGGUGAACGUCACCAGUCCCACGACGACGAGCCCGCAGAUGACAGCGCGGUUUGGGUUCGUGGAGGCUGAUAGACAUCUGGUGGCGAUGGUGGUGACGCCUAACUCUACUACUGGUCUGGAGGUGUUGCUCAAGUUGGUGACGAUGCAAGACUUCCACGUGUUCGGGCACGUGGCGCUGCCCAUACAGUACUUGAACAGGGCAAUGAUUACCGCCAAGAGGGCGAAUCAAGAGAUCGAUUUCAGGGUGGGCUGGGGCAGCAUGGACUUCGGUUUCACCGGCAUAUGGCACUGGAAAUCGCUCAUAGAUUUUGUGUAUCUAUACAAAUUGUACACGCCGUUAGAAGGAUUUGAGGAGAAUGGGCUAGUGCUGAAAAAUAUAUACGGCAAUGGACUCGAUACUGAAUUGUCUAUACGUCUAUCCAAACAUAAGUUUGGCAUAGCGCUGCUGUUCGUGGACAACGGCAAGGGACUACUGGACGUGAUCAAGGACAGGUUCCAACACAACACCAAGAGGGGCCACGACAUGUUCAUAGAGAACUUCGACACUACCGCUAAAGUAGUGCUCGACACUCUGUACUACCCCACCAUCACCUUCGGCGCUCAUCUCAUGAAGUUCGUAAGCCCUGACGAAGAGGAUGUACUGGAAGUGAAUGCGACGCUUCAUCUACCCGACAAACCGCCUAUAGUACUCACAGAUGUAUUUAUUUUAGAGGACUACUCGGUAAUGCGCAACACAUUGAACUUGGUAACACCGUUCCCUGCCGUAUCUGAGCUGAAGUCUGUGUUCACUGUGGAUAUAGUAAUAGGAUCGAAAAUCAACGUCACUACAUUGGUGUUGUUGUAUAAUGGCACUUAUUGGCAUGAGAUAUCGUUGAAAGUGUUCUACGAGUUCGACCAGGGUGAGGACGAGGCGUACCAGUCGUACGUCGCGUCGGUGGGCAUCGCGACCCCCCUCACGGUGCUGCCGGCCCUGGAGUCGCGCGUCACGGCGCGGCUCGAGGACGCGCUGUGGAAGAUGGCCGCCGACAUCGCCAUGCCCUCCUUCGCCAUCACGGCACUCGCCAACCUUGAGUUAGAGGAUGAAUUUGUAGAAACAUCGGGCAGUUUGAAUCUAACUUCAAUCUACCUGGAGGACUACUUUAUCAAAAUGGAGUUCAAGAAAGAUUUCUCAGAUGUCGAGAAUAUGAUCGGAGGUGGUAUACAGAUACAGCAGGGAAAUCAGAAUAAUUACGCGUUCGCGGAGGCAGUGUGGCGGCCCCGCGGCGCGCGCCACGUGCGCUUCUCGUGCCGGUACGCGCUGGCGCCCGUGCUGCCGCCCGCCAGCCUCGCCGCGCUCUACGACGAGCAGCCCGCCAGCAAGCAGCUCGCCGCCGACUACUCCAGCGGCGACCACGCCUACUCGCUCAAGGCUGAUGCCAGGACCAGCAGCCUCAACGUGGCAUUGAGUACGCCGCACGAACGGUUCAGAGCAAUGAAGAUAAUUACUGAGUUUGAAAAGGAUGACAUUCAUGGCUCCUUCGUGACUGACUCCACUGAAUACAGCAUCAGUGGGAAAGUGUUGAACAGGAAUCCUCUAGAGAUGACGUUAACUCUAGUGCCGAAAGGCCAGGGCGAGCCCGUCAACGUGCGCAUUAAGUACGAGUCGUCCCCCACAGUGUACGUACUCACCGCGCACAUAGCGGGGCCCACCGCCGCCACGGUACACGCCAGGGGCGAAUUCAACGCCAAAUUCAGCGACAUUAACGUUAAGGUGGAUAUUCCUCGGUCUAAAUACAAGGAUAUAUACUUCAAAUCCCGCGUGGACAAUUACCCUGAACUCAGGAAGGUGGUCUCAGUACAAGCUUCCACGCCUUUCCAAAGGAUCAGCUUUGUAAAGGGUGAUGCUGAUUUUGUAUUCGGCCCAAAAACUGGCUACCUUUUGUGUAAAUACGAAUUGCCGGUCAUGAAAGGCGAGGGCGAUCUCAAGUGGAGUUUCUUGGAGGGAGAUCUGUUUAUACGGGCAUUGGGUCAUCAGAACGUAAAGGACAUACAGAAGAGCGUCGACUUGGACAUACACUUCGGCAACACCACCACACCCGACAUGCUCGAGAAACACAACGCAGGGUUCAGGAUGGAUUUGGAUCAUAUAUGGCAGAUAGGAGCGAACGCGUCCUUCGGGCUGAUCAUGGGCCAGCGAGGGAACCUGGUACUGAACGUGAUCCUUCCCAAGCCCAAUGUGGACGUCCACACUUUAUACAUAGAUGGCAAUAUGGGAACGAGCGUGAAACCAAUCAAGACCUUCGAUGCUCGAUACACGACUGACGUUACCAAAAUACUUACGAGGUUUAAAGGGAAUGUGUUACAGCAAGCAGAAAGUUUCGACUCAAACGCCACCGUAACAUGGACUUCGAACUCUGAGUACAAGAACAUAGACAAUAUAAUAGACUACAGAUGGGAUAUAAACGGGUCUCGUCAUGUCGACUACACGCUAAAAACACCCUUAUAUGACGACGACGAUACCUUCAAACUGAAGGGAUCGUUCCAACUCGAUAAGGUGCAUGGAUAUCAGGUGGUCAAGGGCCUGAUGCACAAGCCAGGAAGGUCACAGAUAGGUGAGAUCGACUUGCGAUACGGCGGAGUGAAACACACGGAUGGGCACUUCAACUUCACCACGCCGUUCCAGAGGCUCAAGUGGCUUAAGUCUAUAUUUGAUAUCAACAACCUAGAAGAAAUUUCAGACAACAAAGUCGAUUUAUUCUGGCCGAACAAAACGGCAACAGUGAACACAACCCACAACUACGUGAAACGCGGCAAUGGCUUCCAACAGACGGGCCAAAUAUCAUUAUCGAUUCCAUUGAGCACUCAGCACUUGGUCAAUACUGAGUAUUAUUAUCUAGAAGCGGAUAAAACCAGCAUUGGAAACGCGACAAUCGAUCUCGAUCAAGACAGAUUCGCGAAGGGUUCGUUCCAUCGGGUUCUGUCGAAGAGUGGAAGGAAUUUGGACCUUGCUACAACGAACAUAGAAGUGGAAAAUGUUCACACGCCUGUUGGGGUGAAGUAUAUACAUGAGUAUGACGAGACUGGCAAUACGGACGUAAAACAAGCCACAGUUUUCCAUUUACACAAUGCAACGAAAUUCAACGUCACUGGCAAAAUGGACGUUAACACUUACGACAUAGGGAAGAAGUUGAAGCUCAUGGCGAUCCACGGGAACCGAACCUGGACAUUCGACAAUCUGUACGAGGCUGUAGAUAAGGAGCUGAAGCAAGGAAGUAAAGUGAAAUGGGCGGACGACGUAUGGAUCAACUAUGAUAUACAUGUCACCAAUUUGACCACUGAAGAUACAGAGUCGCAAAAGUUAGUAAUGAACGUGUGGUACCCACUGCGAUCAUUUAACCUGGUGGCGUUCUACAACCUGCAAGACUCGCUGGUGGACGGGCAGGCGCGCCUGCACUGGGACGUGAAGGACGAGAACAAGACGGCGGAGCUGCGCGGGCGCUGGGACAACCCGCCGCAGCACGAGGGCAGCACGCACCACGUCGACCUGGCGCUGGCGCACCCCUCGUUUAGAAAGGAUGUGAACCUUAAAGCGCAGUACAUAAGCACGCCAUCAGUCAUGUCAAACAUAUCCUUAGAACUCCAGUAUUCUGACUACGAAAACGAGUACCUCAAACUCAACUCGAUACUAACCGAUAACUCCAACGGGCCCAUACGAGACUAUUCCUUCGGGUUAACGUGCAAGCAUCCAUCGACAAACCUAGACCUCGAUAUGAAGUCGGAUGUGAACAUCCAUAGCAAAUGGUAUCAUAUUAGCAACUUUUAUCGACUACAGAAGUCACUAUUCUAUGAGAAGAUGCGGCAAAAUAAACUUGUUAUCGAUAUGGUGAAUAGUGCUAUUAAUUGGGAGCGAGCAAACGAAACAUACUUCCAUAAAGUGAACGGCACUUGGGAGCUGGUGUAUCCAGAGUACAAGCUCAAGUCGUUCAGCCAGCGCUCCAGCGGCAACGACACCGGCACCGCCGUGCUCUCCAUGAAGGACAGGUCGCUUAUCGCUCAUCUCAACAGCACGGACGAUAUCUCUUACCACAUGGUCGGCAGAAUUAUCGACACUCGUUCCGCGAAACUCGAUGUUUGGAGGGACUAUGAUGACGUCACAACCACCGACCUAGCUUCCUACAUCCGGUUGAACCAUUCGCGGCUUUUAACCAGCUCAGUUGUAUGGAGACCGGAGAUGUUCGCAGAGGUCAAGGCACAAGGAGUCGCCACACUAAAACUAUUAUACGGCCAAAUUAACGAUACCCUAGUAAUACUCAAGGAAGCACCAAUGGAGGCACAUUUAGCUCUCAAAGCAAUAUGGUUGGACGCUAAGCCACGAAUACGCGACUUCCUAGACGACCUCAACGACUUGCACGUAAUCAAAGAUGAUCUAGACGAGUUCGAGAAAUUCUUGAACCAAUCAUACUCUGAUAACGACUUUUACGUCAAAGAUAUUGUCGAGUUUACGUAUUACGUGCUAGACGAGAUGGCGAUUAGGAACCAUUUGGAAAGUCUGCCUGGCAUAGUCAACGAUAUGUGGGGCAUGAUGGGCAACACUAGUCAGUCGAUAAAACAGAGUUUGACGUUCGUUGUCGAUUCGAUAAAGAAGGCGUACGCGAAUUUCUUGGAAUCUGUGAACAAAUUCUUAGAGGCGGACUUCAUGGAAUUGGUUUCGGCACGAUUGGAGGCCAUGAUUAUGCAGUACGAUAACUUUAUUCGCGACCUGCAUAUGCGUUUAUUGGAGUAUUGGGAAGAGACUUGGGUUAACGCGUCGAAUCGUAUGACGAAGUAUUGGCAUGAGUUAUUGAAGUCGAUAGAGCCGUUGUUCUUCAAGAUUGUGCAUUAUUCGGAGUCGUUCGUCUUCACUAUAUGGAAGGGCGUGAUGGACUUCUUCUAUAAUAGAACGCAGGAGUUGACUGAUUCGCCGUACUUCAACUACGUAUCGACGUUCGGGCACGAGAUGGAUAAAAUAUACAAAGAUCUGAUGAACAACGAUCUAAUAACGAACAUAAAGAAAUAUAGCAAGAAAUUAUGGGAGGCUGUGUGGAACAACAUAGAGAAGUACAUACCGUUCAAAGACGAGAUCAUGCAGUUAUACGCUGAGUUCAGAAACGCUUGGCAAAACUUCUUGAAGACUCCACAAGUCGUCUAUGUUAGGGAAAAGUAUCAAGAAGCAUACGUGCGCCUUAAGUGGUGGUACGACUACUUCCUGAUCGGCGAGGCGCUCGACACCGUCGGCGAGAUACUCUACGCCAAGCUCACUGACAUGGCCAAGACCGCGCUGCAGUAUGAAGAGCUCCAUCGUACACCAAAAACAAACUUCAUAUUCGACCCUCGAGCGGGACAGAUCAUUCUAGAACAAAAGUUACCGAUGUCAUGGCACGCGUUCAAUCGCACCCCGGACUUCAGCGAGAUAUCCGAGUACAAAGCGGUGCGAGACUUCCUGGACGACUGGCUCAUCACCAACAGAAGUAUAUGGUCGUAUUACUACGAGAUACGGCCGUAUUUGGACUACAAUAAUCUGCUGCCGCCUUUUGCUGGUAUGGCCAUGAUGACCGGCCAAGGCACGCUAGUAACGUUCGACAAACAAGUAUUCACCGUAUCUGAAGAGGGCACGUACCUGCUGACCAAAGACUAUAGUCAGAACAACUUCACGGUGCUGAUGUCUUCGAACGACCGCAGUCGAUAUGAUCUGGUCGUCGUCACUCGAUCUACGCUCAUCACCGUUGAUUUGUAUAAACAGGAAGUGUCAAUAUGUCAACGAAUGCUGAGUCUGCCCGCGUAUGUAGAAGGAUUGGUGAUAGACAGACAGACGGACGUACUCACCAUCGAGAGCGACAACGGACUAGAAAUACAAUGCAAUUACGCCUUCUCCACUUGCAAAAUACAAGUUGCAGGAUGGUACUACGCGAGUCUAGGCGGACUGCUCGGCACAUACAACAACGAGCAAUACGACGACUACCAACUACCAAACGGAACACUGACGGCUCUAGAGCCGGAGCUUUGCCGCGGGUGGAACCUCGAGCCGAGCGCCGCGCCGCAACCCUUCCACAACAAAGACAUAACGAACGACACGCAAUGCGACAAGUUUUUCAGGAAUAAAGUGUCGCCGCUUCAUCCGUGCUUCUCUGUGAUCGACGCGGUGCCGUUCCACGCGCAGUGCGUGUGGGGCGCGGACGCGUGCGCGCUGGCGGCCGCCUACCUGCAGCUGUGCGCGCAGCACCACGUGCCCACGCACAUGCCCGACCACUGCCACACGUGUACAACACCUCAAGGCGAUGUGAUAGAAGAAGGUUCAUUCCAUGAAUUGGAAUAUGUGCCUAACUCAACAGACAUAGUGUUCAUAGUCGAAGCGCAGUACUGCAACAAGAACGUGCGCAAGAACAAGAACAUUGACCUGUUCUUAGAAGCGUUCGACACGGUGUUGCAGAGCGGCGGGCUGGCUGAUAAUAGAUACGCGGUGGUCGCGUUUGGCGGACACGGCGUGUACAAGAAGCCGCGUUCACUCUACGUCAAUAACAGGGUGUUCACCGACUACUUGGACGUGGCGCAUCAUUUCGAUAAUAUUUAUAUUGACAAGGCGGACCUGGUCCGCGGCAACAAGUCGGUGGGCGCGGACAUGUUCGCGGCGCUGAGUUUCGCGACGCAGCUGCCGUUCCGGCCCGCCGUGCCGCGCACCUUCAUCCUCAUGCCCUGCACGCGGUGCGACUCCGAGCUCAUGCGGUUGGACUACUCGACUAUCUACCACAACCUAAUGGAAAAUUCGGUCACACUUCACAUACUGAUGGAUGAUGAUUUCAUGCUGUCCAAGAAACGGGCGUCCAAAUAUUUGUUCGGUGUGGACAGCGCCUUGGCGUACACCAACAAAGACUACGAGAGAUUAGUAGGCGAUGCGGGACUUAGGAAACAAGUCAAACUGCCAAAGGACAAACUAGGACUGUGUGCGUCACUCGCUUUGGAGACCAACGGCACGCUGCUGGCGGGCGCGAAGCUGCAGGGCGACCGGCCCACGGCGCGGCGCUUCUCGACGGUGGCGGGCGCGCGCGCCGCGCUGAGCCCCGCGCGCUGCGCCGCCGCGCGCUGCGAGUGCCGCGAGCGCGCGCUGCACUGCCGCCUCUGCGCCGACCCGCAGGCACUGUUGGAGUUAUCGUUCUUCAGCACGGACGAUAUCGACGAUCUGAUAGACAUGGCGAUGGAGCCGCCCACACUGCCAUCGUUUAGCUGAUAGUCAUGCCGGUGUAAAUAUACUUAAAUGUAUAAUAAAUAAACUAUUUUUAUUAAUCA